UAGGCUGACAAUGAAUGGCUGCUGCUAGCGCUGCUCGGAGGGCGAGGGGAGCAGAGCCCCUCCGUUGAGCCAGAUCUUCCCUCCUCCCCCCCCGCCCUACUUUUGCACAGCGUACCCAUCUGGGUGAGGAGGAGAAGAAGAGGAGGAUGGCUCAAUUUCUCCAGAUGGAGAUCCCCAACUUUGGUAAUAGCAUCUUGGAAUGCCUGAACGAGCAGCGGUUACAGGGGCUGUAUUGUGAUGUCUCAGUGGUGGUGAAAGGCCAUGCUUUCAAGGCACACCGAGCUGUGCUGGCUGCAAGCAGCUGCUACUUCCGGGACCUUUUCAACAACAGCAAGAGCACUGUGGUGGAGCUUCCUGCUGCGGUGCAACCUCAAUCCUUUCAGCAGAUCCUUAGUUUCUGCUACACUGGUCGCCUAAGCAUGAAUGUGGGUGAUCAGUUUCUGCUCAUGUACACAGCAGGGUUCCUGCAGAUCCAGGAGAUUAUGGAAAAGGGGACUGAGUUCUUCCUGAAGGUCAGCUCACCCAGCUGUGACUCGCAAGGCCUGCACACCGAGGAGGCACCUUCUUCUGAGCCACAGAGCCCUGUGGCACAGACAUCCACCUGGCCUUCCGGCAAUACGCCCUUACCCCUGGUCUCUCGUGUAAAGACAGAGCAACAGGACUCAGACUCUGUCCAAUGCACAUUUGUGGUUAAGCGGCUCUGGGAAAACAACCAGAAGGAAGGGAAUAGUGGCGGUAGUAAUGGCAGCCGCAAAAUGGCCAAGAUCUCCUCCCAACAGGAGUUGAGCGGGGGAAACCGGCAGGUUCAGCAGCAAGUGCAACAACAACAACAACAGGUCCAGCAGCAACAACAGCAACAGGUUCAGCAGCAGCAACAACAGCAGGCAGCACUAACGGGGGGAGGUGGAGGGGCAGGCGUGGUCAGCGGCCCCAGUACCUCAGACCAGACAAGCCCUGGCACCUCCAGUGCUUACACCAGUGACAGCCCCAGUUCCUAUCAUAAUGAAGAAGAUGAAGAGGAAGAUGCACCCGAGGAAGGCUCCGAUGAGCAGUACCGACAAAUCUGCAACAUGUACACAAUGUACAGCAUGAUGAAUGUAGGGCAGACGGCAGAAAAAGUAGAAGCACUGCCAGAUCAGGUGCAGUCAGAGUCUCGCAACCGGAUACGAGUGCGGCAGGACCUAGCUUCACUGCCUGCAGAGCUCAUCAACCAGAUUGGAAACCGAUGCCAUCCGAAGCUAUAUGACGAGGGUGACCCGGCUGAGAAACUGGAACUUGUGAUAGGUACUAAUGUGUACAUCACUCGGGCACAGUUGAUGAAUUGCCAUGUUAGUGCUGGGACACGGCACAAAGUGCUUCUCAGGCGGCUACUAGCAUCCUUUUUUGACCGGAACACCCUUGCAAACAGUUGUGGCACUGGAAUCCGUUCCUCCACCAAUGACCCCAGCCGGAAACCUCUUGACAGCCGAGUGCUGCAUGCUGUGAAGUUUUAUUGCCAGAACUUUGCCCCAAACUUCAAGGAGAGCGAGAUGAAUGCAAUUGCUGCUGAUAUGUGCACAAAUGCACGACGUGUUGUCCGUAAGAGCUGGAUGCCUAAACUGAAACUACUGAUGGCUGAAGGCGACGCCUACACAACCUUCAUCAAUGACAGUGGCAAAAUGGAGCCAGACAUCAUGGGUGUGGAGCACAACUUUGAGACCAGCAGCCAUGAUGGGGAUGCAGGCACCUCAGCCGAGGGCCUCCAGUGAAGUGUGCCCACCUCUUUUUCCAGGCGAUGGUUUUUAAUUUCCUAAUUUGAUUUUUUUUUUUUUUUUUUUGUAGAAUCGUUUUCCACAUUUUCUCAUUUUCUUUUUAUUAUUGUUGGUUUGUUUUUUUUGUUUUGUUUUUUUGUUUUGGCAGAGGGGAAAGAAAGCAUUGUGCUAUCUCCUUUUUUGAAACAAAGAUGCUUAAAUUUUGACCUUUCUUCCUCAGGCACUACAAGUAGUUUGAACCCUGCUGCUGCUGUUGCUACUGCACUGGCAGUUCCGACUGGCAUUUCUCCUCUCCCAGCCCCUUCUUUUAUGACUGUUUUGAUAAAAAAAAUAUUUUAGUGGGAGGAAAAACAACCAAAUCCACUUGCAAACACACUAAAGGAAGUAAUGUCCAGAACACUACAUGUUUCCUCCAUCCUAUGUUUGUUGCCGCCAGUUUAGGGCUGUAACUUGGACUGACCAUUACUAAGUCUUUCCUUUCUAGAGAAUGGGAAACACGAGCAGGAAAGGGACUGAUCCUAACAUUCUUGGGCUGUCACCUUUGCUCCUCUCAGUUCCAGUUCUACCCCUCCCCUUCCACUCUUGCUUAGGUACACUUAGGUUUUAGGCAAGGAGACAGUUCCUUUCCUUUCAUUCUUGGUAUCGUCACAACUUAAAUAUACUUGCAUGCAUACACACUAAUGUCUGCUUUCACGCCUCUGAACCUAUGCACUUUCUCCGGCUGUGACACACACCGAUCUGUCCUGUCAUUCAGACCACUCUAACCUCCUGAAUUAAUGUAUCAUGUAGGACACUAUACUUGUUGCCUUUUUAUUGGCUCAGAGCCAGUACAGAAAACACUGAACUUAGAGCUGAGAUUAUUACUAUCCUUUAACAUAGUCUUCAUUUCUUCUAUGCCAGCUUCUUCUCUGAAGUGUUUUCUUUUAACACAAAAUGUGUUUGCAGGUUUCUCAGUUUUCAGGCAGUUUGCAAUAUCGGACAUAUAUCCAUGCAGUCGGCAUAGGGAUCUUUCUCUAGGAGCUAAUAGUUAACAGGUAUAUUUACCUGUCUUACUGCUGCCAUAACUGGAAAUCAUUCCCCUCCCCUCCAUGUUUGUGGAUUAGAGAGCAGAAUAAGAAAUUCUUAUUCAACUCUUUCUCCCACUUCAGGUAGUUUGCCAAAGGCAAACAUGAAGUUUACAAAACAGUUUUUGAUGGACGAGACAAAGCCAAGGAAGAAAGCAUCACUUCCUUAAUCCAACCAGUGCUACAUGUUCACACCAGCCUGUGUGGAUAUUUCAAACCUCCAGAUAGUUGGAAAGAACCUUUACUGAAUGGUUGAAAAUCUCCAAAAAAGUACCUAAUUACAAUACGAAACCUUACCUUUUGUUUUUUCCCCACUAAAGGCCAAUUUUAUAUUAAUAUGGCUCCCAAGUGAUGUUUGACCCAGAAAAAAGGACUGCUGGUUGGAUUCCAUCUUGAAAUGGAAAAUAAAUAAGUAAGUGGGCAAACCAGGAAUUUUAGGAAACCUUCUCUCCUGCCUUUUUGUAUUUCUGUUGACAGGAUUAAGGGAGUCAGUCAUACUGAAAGAGUUCCUCUCUUCUUUGGAAAUCCUGGGAUACUGAAGUAGUUAUGCUUGGUAGCAGUUGGGCUUUUAUUUUUCCCAGUAAGACAGGUGUUCCAAACAAUCCUUUGUGCGUUCAUGAUGGUUGUUGCCUGACACUUUUCUAAGCCAUCCUUUGAACACAAGACCAUUCUCCACAACUGGGAAAGGCUUGGGGGGGAAGGGAGAGAAAUUAUUUAAUAAAGGAACUUAAAACUGGAAAUCUUGAAGGAUUUGUCUCUCCAUGAAGACAAAUUCAGGGCAUGAAUAAUGUUACAUCUUUCUCCAAAAAAGAUUACAAAAUCUGGAGCAUUUUAAAAAUCAUUCCCACAGUUUAGAAUUCUUCCAAAUAAGAUGGGAUGACAGUUUCACUAGUAUCUGAUUUCACAUGAAAGCAUUAAUCAGUGUCAAUAAUGUCUCUUACAUGAAUUUAUCUAUCAACUGAACCAAAACUCGCCUGGAAAUUUUUUUCCUUUUCCAAAGAAAGCUCAAUAGUUAUAGCUGAGUCUCAGUUAUUGUCUGUUUAUAAAGAAAAGCAAGCCUGGUGUAAAUCUUUAAAAAAAAAACAAUUAAAGCACCUAACUACACUGGUUGUAUUUCAGCGGGGGUUGCAAAUUUUAGAUUCAACCAGUCUUAGCUAAGGGGAUGUAUAUUUACUUUGCAUACAUAAUUUGUACAUACGUAUGUAUGUUCUUUAUCUAGAAAGAGCUCAAAAUCAGCCCAGAUCUUGUUUCAGAGAUACACACAUUCAGGUCCUGGUUGACAAGGGGAGACAAUUUUCAUGCCACUAUCUAGUUCCAGAGAAUCCCUUGGUACAUUUAUAUUUGUAACUGUGGGGGAGCACAUUUCUAAAUCCUUUUAUGAGUUGAUACAGCUCUAGGUGAACUUCACUGUGUUGAUAUAUAUAUAUUCCUACUCUCUAGAUAGAACACUAAGAAUGCCACACUGAGCCCACUUAGCUGGGAAUAAGUGUGAAUAGUACUGCUGACUGAGCACAAUGAGACCUUUUUUGCAUACCUUGAUGGAACAUUCGCCCACCAACUGUGUGAAUGUGAAUGUACCAGUCUUGCCUGAGAAGUCAUGUGGGUGGAUUCCACCCCCUCCCCCUUUUAAUAUACUUCAUGUGCAUGUCCUACUUUGCUCAGAAAAUAGCUGCUUUGUACUUCAAGGCAUGUUGCUGGUUUUCUUUGGUUAGAAUAGGCAAUCUUGUUCAUUACUGACUUUGGUAAGUCCAGGGCAUUUUCUAAAAGGCAAAGCGAAAGACAAGUACAGAAUCUAAAGAGGUAUAAAGUCAUGUUCAAAUUGCAAGGAUAUCAUUGUAAGAUUUUGAGCUGAAACAGCAGCCAGGCCAGGUGCAGAGGACCUGAUUACUUGAGUGCUGAUCCAGGAGACUGCAAUUGAUUGGAGAUAUUUUCAGAAAAGUUAUUGUCCCCGUUUAAAUGUAGGUAAAUCUGCCUUAGAAACCUAAGGUAUUAUAUUGAUUUCCUUCUUUUACUGAUUUCCUUCCUAUAAUUCCACUAAGAAAUUAAGAGUUUUUGUGAAUUUGCAGGUAGUUUUGUUUUGUCUAUUUUUCUCAGAAUUAUAAUUCAGGUGCUGCUAUUUUUAGAAAUCCAUGAUGAAGGGCACAAACUUUGUGGUAUCCCACUGCAUGCCCUGCCCAGUGAUACUAUGAGCAUUUGCUUUACUAUAAAGAAAUGGCUCUUCCAAGAUCGAAAGUUAAUUAUUAACAUUAACUCCAAUUCACACUUCACUGCUUUCUCUUUCUUCCAGUUCCUCUUUUCUCUUUUCUACUAGUUUAUUUUAUGCAGGAGAGGCUUAUUUGUUACCUAGGACACGAUUUACACAGUGCUUCUAUGGUACUAUAGUCAGUUAUAUUAUAUAACAAACCCCACUCACUUCACAUCUGAUUAGUAGUUUUCCUGAAAAAUGGAAGAGACAGAAGUUAACUUUUUAAAAAUCAUAUACAUUUUCUAGAAACCAAAUAGGGGUAUAGCUCAUUAUUUUCUUACACUACAAUAGUCUUUAAUCAUAUUCUAGUUUUUAAAAAGUAUGUAAUGGAUGGUGUUUAAAAGGGAGGUAAACGAUACAAAAUUUUAUUGGUAUGGUUGGUAUAUGUGUGCGUGAGAGAAUUAUAAUAAUAGUCUCCGCCUGAAUUCUCAAAUGGUUUUAGGAGAAAAAUUAAUCAGCUGUCACUUUUGAAAUCUGGCCUUGUUUAAACAAUGGAAAGAAUAGGAGGAUUGAACAAAGGUUGCAUAUUUAGCUGGAUUGCAAGAAAAAGAAAACUAGGUAUCUAAUCAAGAGUGCAUGUGCAUUGUUGAGAAUGCCCACCUGCAUCACCUCUCUAAGUCAUACAUGGAAUUAUAGGGAUGAAUGUUGCAGUAUGAAUAGAGAUACAUAUCCAGGUCACAGUUUUUAUAGCAACAACUAAUAUAGAACAGUUGCAUGCACAUGAGUUCCUAUUAUCAUCCUAAUGCUUGUGUCUUAUCUCUCACCCAUGCUGCCACCCAUGUUGUUGCAUGUAAUAUAGAGGUUGACCAAUUAUAUUUACCAGCUAUUCUUUCAUGAACAUGAAUGUGAUUCUAAUGAACAGACUCUUAAGAGAAAACAGCUGUGGUAGCGGUAGUAGUAAACACUUUUCCCCAGACAAAAAACAUGCCAGCUUUUUCCUCAAUCUGCAUUAAUCCCAGUCUUGCUAUUUUCGGCUAGUACCACUCCCAAUUCCUGAAUUCUGGUUUAUAUGCUCCAAUCCAGCUGCACAGUAGACUCUUAAAAUUCUAUGCCUUUGUCCCUUUUUUCUACUGUUCUCCUUAGUACAGUAUUUCUGGUAGGUUCUCUUUUCCCUUCCCUGAAAAUGCAGAGGAAUUAGGAGAUUGAAAUGGCAUAGACUUUUUUUUACAUAAAAAUGCACAGAAGUUAAUACUUCUUUCUACCAUCUUGACCUCCAAACUAAAUUGGAAGACUUAUUCUUUAAAUUCCACUCUGAGUUGGGAAUACCUGUAGUUGAACCAGUCAAUAUAACUUUACUACAACAUCUUGCCUUCAGUGGACAAAAUACUAUAAAAAAACAAAAUAACAUCCAAAUUCCUUCCCCCUACAUUGGUUUUUAAAGCAAAAAAUACUGCAGUGACAACAGUAUUUCACUGUGUGACUCAGAACAGAAUUUAUUCUCCCUAAUCAUUAAGAGUUUUUCCUUAUAAAAGUAUGUUAGAUUGGUCUUCUCUAAUCUCCAUUGAACUCUUAUCUAGCCACUGCUCAAGAUGUGAAAAGCUUUCUUGGGUUAUCAUUACUUGUUCAGCUGAGUGUCAACUAAGAGCUCCUAUAACAUAAAUGUGUAUCAUGCGUUCAUCCCCUCCUCAGUAAUCUUGAGCAGAGUUACUUGGAUAUAAGUAGUAACAUUAUUAGUCUUCAGUUUUUACAGUGGGAAGAUUAAUCCCCUUUCAACAAUUGGCUUUUCUCAGUAACCCUGUAUGUAGACAGUGGAUUUCUUGCUACUAACAGUGACAAGAAACCAGCUGUUUCCUGCGAGCCAACUGAUCAGAUUAAUCAACUAACAAGCAGGAAAAGGAGGCAGGGCUUUUAGAUGUUCAUCUUACACUGAAGAAAUGAAGAAAUUUAGGAAGAAUACAAUUUUAUCCCUAUUCAUUGGAUACCUUCUUCUGAAAGAGGUUCUAUUAUCUGUAGCUUCCUCCCUCUUUUCUCAGCCACCAAAAUAACUAUGAUGUUGGGAAAGGCCAAAAAGAAAGAGUUAAUAAGGUUUGGACAAGAAAAGUGUUUAGUAGAUCAUAAUUAUCUGAUCUGUCAUGGCUCCAAGCGGAAAGUAACAUUUAGAUUAUGAAAACUAAGAAUAAUUUGCUCUGGGAAGAAACCAGUUCUGGGGGAAAAAUAAGAACAGGAGACCUAGAUCUAUAUCCACUCCAUCCCCCAAUUAUAUUGGCCUCUUUUCAACAGAACAUAAAAGCUUAUGGAACCUCUAAGGUCAGAGCAAUCCAUAAUUAGAAAUAAAAUUGCAUCCAUACAUCUGUCAAUGCAGGGCAAUUAUAACUAAUAAAUAUUCAGAGGCAUCCAGAAUUUAAUGUUCAGUUGAAUUUACUUUAGCUAGAAUGCUUGCUUCUUAUUCUUUUACCCAAGAUAGAGUUGCUGUUAACGUUUUGUAGUAUCAUGUGCAUCACCGCAUCACUCACUGGUUAAACAUUUUGCAGUCCUUGGUACUUUCCACUUUGAAUUGGAAAAGACAGUUCUGGGCAAGGUGAACUCAAGAUGUGAAUCAGGAGGCAGCUAUUUAUGUCUCUGUCUUUAGUCACCUUACUGAGUUGGGUGGCCUUGUAAAUGAAAUAAAUAAAUAGGUGUGGGGGCCCCGCCUUUGAGACUGAUAAAGAGAGUUAAGGCAGAAUCUGCUUUAGGAAGAUGACACUUUUGAGGAAGUGUCAUGACAAAAUGAAUUAUACGGUAAGUCAAUCUCUUCUAUCGCACCCCUUUUGACCAACAAAUUUUGCACUGACUUUCACCAUUAUACUUUGGGAGAACUCUGAAAUCUUCUGCUUUGAGCUCAGAGAUUGUGAGAGCAAGAGAAGUGUAGAUUGCACAUAAGCUUUGGUAUUUUUUUCAAUCUUGGAAGCGAAGACCAGGGUUUUUGGUUUUUUGUUUUUGAUGCGGGGAGUGAGGGGGGAGGGGAUUGUGCAAUAUUAGUGGCACCUACUGAGGGAAAGGCAACCAUUUCUUGCUGUGAUUCUUGGGAUGCCUGACUUAUUCUAAGAAAAUAAAAGGCACCAAUUUUAAGUGAAAAAAGAAGAGCAUACGCUAAAAGAAGAAAAGCACUGAUUUUAAGUGGAAAAAAGAAGAGCAUACACUAUUCCUUUACUGUUUACGUACUUCAGAGUCUAUUAGAGCCUUUGAAUAGGUGCCCAGGGGGUGCAUAUAAACUGGUGAAGUAAUUCUGGUGGAACAUAAGCUAGUAAUUCUAUUUACACUGGAAGACAAUUUGAAUAGCAUCUUGCAUGUAUGUUUCACAUGUGAAGGACUUUUAUUUUAUUGUCAGCAGGUGUGAUCCCUGGCAACUCGAUAAUAGACAUUUUCGAACCUUCUAGGAGAAAAGGGGGGAAAAGUUGUACAUUGCUUGCUUUCCUCAUCAGGAGGCUUGACUGCCUUAGAAGAGUUGCUGUUGCAGAUGUAGUAAGCUGGUCUGUCUUCCAAGACGGAGCUGCCAGAGCUCAAUUUUUAAAACGUCAAGUUACAAGGGAGAGGAAUUCUGAAGUCUGGGCAGAGACCUUUGGGACUGUAGUUUGUAAUCCGCAGAGAUCCACUUUGUUGCAAUUCAUAUUCGCUGUCUGUUCUCAUGGGUGGUAGCUUGAGGUGGUAGCCAGGAGGACAUUCAGCACCUACUUUCUGAAACAGGGAAAUACCUUCACCCACUUGGCAUUCUUGGGGGGAAAAAUCUGAUGCCCACAUUUAAAUCCCAGAGGAUGUCGGAAUAUUCAGCUGGACUCCUCUUUGUUGAGUCUUUUUCCAACCUACUUAAAAACUUCUUCUAGUGGGCAUAUUUGCAUCUUGGAUAUGCUUUCUCUAAACAAUGGAAAGAACAGAUUGCGGAGGGGAUGGGAGGCCUGACUUUUGUUGUAUCCAUUUUUGUCAUCUUUUAUUUUCCUUUUGACAUUUAUAUGCUGGUCUAGGACCGUAAUAGACAUUUGAUUUGUCAUUUCUUUCCUUAACUAAAGCAAACAAAUCUUUUUUUAAAAGGACAAAAAUGUAUACAGAAAGCACUAACAAAGCCUGAUUAUUUAACCUCUGUGCAGAUGCAGCAUGGACUCUUUUCUUCCCCUUCCAGGCGCUUUGGGUUAAUGCAAGCAGCUACUCCAAUAUAUCAGUACCUCUCCCUUCCCUGCCCCUUGUAAAAUCCUUUCAGAGAGGAGAAUCUAUCCUUUAAAAUACAAAAUAACAAUGGCAAAACCUCCCUUUUCCCACCCAUAAGCCCAUCCCAGGUCCCUCAGCACCCCACGCUUUUACCUCUGAACUUUCCCCUUUGCCCUCCCCUCUCCCCCCCGGAUGAUGCCAGUAUUUGUUCUGUGUUAUAAGUGCCAAGAAAAAUUUUGUGACUCCUCAUCCCUGUGACCUGAGAGUAUCAAGAAUUGCACAUUAACUACUGUAAAGAUUAAAAAAAAAAGAGGAAUUCAGAAAUGUUAAUAAAAAAAAAAGUUUGUAA